AGUGAACAUGUCACCACGUUUCCUAUACAGGACAUACAGUGUCACUUCAAGUUGGCCAAUCAAAUUCAAACUUCCUUCUGUGUGAAGUGUAGAGAAACCGUCAGUGUUCUUUCAUUCAACACAGCAGUUUGAGCUCGAUGGCAUCUCCACUGUUUGCUCUCUGUCUCACAUGUUUGUUCUUCGGGGAAAUGGCUCAGACGACUAAUCUGAAAUUGUCCUCAUCUGUUCGUCAAGAGACAAGUUUUCUAUCAGUUAAAACAGGAGACAACUUGACAUUGCAAUGUUUCAGUGAAGGUGAUGAUCAUGCAAAACUUUACUGGUAUAAACAAACUCUGGGAGAGAAAAUGAAGCUCAUCUGUAGUUACUACAAGUAUGACAAUGUCACUUUUUAUGAUGAAUUCAAAAACAAUCCACGCUUCACACUGGAUACUGGAAAGAGUAAAAAUCACUUGAAAAUCACAGAUUUACACAUUUCAGACUCGGCGACUUACAACUGUAUACAUUGCUAUUUAAAUGUGUUUAAAAUUUCUGAGGCCAUCACUGUCAGUGUAAAGGGUUCAGGUUCGAACAUCCCAGCUUUGGUCCAUCAGUCGGCAUCUGAGACCAUCCAGCCAGGAGGCUCUGUGACUCUGAACUGUACAGUACACACUGGGACCUGUGAUGGAGAACACAGUGUUUACUGGUUCAAAGACUCUGAAGAAUCUCAUCCAGGACUCAUUUACACCCAUGGAGGCAGGAAUGAUCAGUGUGAGAGGAAACCCAACACACAAACACACACCUGUGUCUACAACUUGCCGAUGAAGAGCCUGAAUCUUUCUCAUGCUGGGACCUACUACUGUGCUGUUGCCUCAUGUGGACACAUACUGUUUGGAAACGGGACCAAGCUGGACUUUGAAGAUGAGGUGCACUCUUUUGUCUUGGUGUAUUUCCUGAGUGGAGCUUUGAUCUUCACCACUACCCUGUUGGUUUUAUCGGCUUUCUCAAUGUACAAGAUGAAGAAAAGAAUCAGUUUCCAAACUCCAGAGUCUCAAGCAAGAUUUUCAGCUCCCUCCGCAGUCAAUCUUAAGGGAUAUAAUGGAGAUACAGACAACCUCCAUUAUGCUGCUUUAAAUGUCAACCUGCCCAGCAGAUCAAGAAGACAGAGGAACAACAGCAGGGAUGAAUGUGUGUACUCCGGGGUAAAGCACUAGAACUGGACGUGAUUACCAUAUUUUUAGUGAGACUGGAUUUUUUUAAAAAUAUUCUUUCAAAGUGUAGUGUAGAUUUAGAUGUAGAUCUUGAGAUAUUUUCUAUCUUCCUUUUGGUCAGCUGUCAAAAGACAAUAUUUCUAUGAUUCAGUAGGUUUUUGUAAUGUUCACAUUAGAGGCCUUCUGCUCUCUUGUGUUUGUCUUUGUGGUUAAUCAUUACCUCCUAACUGUGACUUCAUUGUCUUGGGAAAAAGCGAAAGUUUGUUUAAUUUGGUUACUUUUAUAUACAUUCUCUUUCUGAUCAAAGCAGUACAUUUUGAUGGUCAGAUUCACUGAUGCUACAAGUGACACAUGACCUUUGAGGAUCGAUUAUGUCUUGAACUUUUUGUUUUGCCUUAAAUGGUUUUUAAUGCAUCUCAGUGUGUGCAUGUGUUGUCAUUAAAGGACCAGUACAGCUCUUCAAAGGCUUAUGUCACAGGUCAAUGUAGGACUAUUGUAUUAUAUUUAAAGGCCUUCUGCUCUCUUUUGUUUGUCUUUGUGGUUAAUCAUUACCUCCUAAAAGUGACUUCAUGGUCUUAAGAAAAAGCAUCAUCGAAACCUUUGUUUAAUCUGGUUACUUUUAUAUACAUUCUCUUUCUGAUAAAAGCAGUGUAUUUUGAUGGUCGGAUUCACUGAUGCUACAAGUGACACAUGAGUUUUGAGGAUCGAUUAUGUCUUGAACUUUUUGUUUUGCCUUCAAUGGUUUUUAAUGCAUCUCAGUGUGUGCAUGUGUUGUCAUUAAAGGACCAGUACAGCUUAGGUCAUAGGUCAAAGUACAUAUUACUAUUCUAUUAUAUUUAGUAUUAACUUCCCUUAAUUUUACCUAAGUUGUAUGCACGCAAGAAUCAGAUGUUAAUAUCUCAAUGCCCAUUUCAGCAAUUAAUUGUUACAGCUGCAAUGCAUUCUGGCUGCACCAUGGACAGCGAAGCUGAUCACGGCUGUUCUAGACACUGUUUGUGGCCCCACCAGUAACAAUGUGGUGCGUUUCAGAAGCACAUCUACGCUCUGCUCCAACAAGAAUACAGGCUGUUCUAUUUUUGAUAGAUGCUGCAACCAGCCGCAUCAACUACCACCAGCUGCUCAACACAUCGCAGGUCAAGCUUGUCAGAAGUCCGACACACAAACGGCAGAGAGAGAAUCUGGUCGAUUUUUCAACUUAACCAAUAUAUUUGGAAGCUUUGAUUCAUGUGUGCUUUUAGGAUCAAGAUUGUCUCAUACUGCUUGUGUUUAUUUAUAGUUUUUAACUAAAUCAUGUGUUUCUUUGUGAAUUUUACAUUGUUUAUGAUCAAAUAAAUCUUGGUGCUCACACUGCAGCAUAUAAGCCAAAGAAAAAUGACAAAAUGUGACCAAGUUAACAAAGUCUGGCAGGAAAAACAGUCCACUUCUGAAACGCUGAUGGUGGUGUAUGACGCCACAUGGAGAACUGACCAAAACAGCAUCUCAGCCACAACAUUACAGAGACGUGUCCAGUGGGGUCCAGGCUUUAGACUGCAUGCCCAGAUAAGGGUUGACCACUGACACCACCCCCCUGGGAUGAGCGCAUCCACUGAUUGGUUACAUCUUUUCUUUCUGUUUCUGUAGUGUCCUGAAUGUUAUGACAUCAUGCUUUGAUUUCUGUACAUUGUAGACAGUUAGUUUACAUAGGCGAAUCAUUUUCUUUGUUAGAAUAAUUUCUUAGUGUUGCAAUAUUCAGUCUUCAGAGUUCUGCUUCAUAAUAUUAAAGACUAGAUUGGCUGAUUAGCCCAAGUUGCUAAUCUGAGCUCAUUUCCCCUCCAAUGUAAAGUUGCACCUUGAAAAGAGAGUUUAGUAUAUCAGUACAAUAUCAAACAUUUAUAAAGUGCUCAAAAUAUUGUGAUGUUACAUGAUGAUAAAUUCAUGACCAAAUUUGAACAUGAUCAAAUAAAUAUUAUC